UGGAUGGAUGGAGCCAGUAUCCCUCUCUGUGCUGUGUGUGUGACGUGGCUCACAUGCACACGCCCACGGCCCACAUGUCGCUGGCCGGGCUGUACUCGAAACUCGUGAAGCAUUCGGGCGCCUGCAGACAGACAGACGAUCAAGUGGGAGGAUGGACGGAUGAGUGCGUCAUGCCGAGUGUGCUUACCAGGUACUUGGCCGUUUCGAUGAUUCGACUCGGCCGGCUGCAGGUGGGCGUGAGGGCCGUGUCGAAGUCCACCAGCAUGACCCGAUCCUCUCCCGCCGUCAUGUUGUUGCGCAGCGACACGUCGGCGUGGGUGAUCUGCACACACAGAUGGGGCACGCAAGCAAUACGCUGGCUGGGGUCAUAUGUGGCUGUGUCUGCGUGUAGCCGUGUGUGCGUACGCUGUGCUCGUGCAGCACUUUGAGGCCCAUCAACGCGCCUUCCGCGAUGUGGCGGG